AUGGCUAUCAAUGUAAAUUUAAGCGAGCAAGCCCCCAGAAAUGGGGGCAGCAGUAGCAACAACGAACCCGCAGUCGACAACACCGACUACGGCUUCCGGCCUCGCACACAUGACCACGAAGAUGACGAUGACGAACUCCCACCCCUGUAUUCAGACGUCGCCGAGUCUAGCGCCCUUAUUCCCCCAAAUCAAUACGCACAACAGUCGCUGUCUCCGAAUGGCCCUUCGCUCGUGCCUGUCUUUUCAGUCGACAGCGGCACAAAAAACGAAUACUACAUGUCUAGCGACCUAGACAGCGACCCAACCCUCUUGGAACAACACGUUCUGGCCUGGUCCAAGAAACCACCACGCACCUUCAUUCAGGUCCUUGGCUCUCACACCGAGACAAGAUCGGAGAACGGCGGGUCGAACAAUAGGACGAGGACAGUUGUCGAUUUCAGAGUGCGCGUUGACAUGACACCCUACCUCUACACCGACCUUGCCAGGGGCACUUCUACGUGGGCAGGCCUGCGCACGGUCGACAACGACGAGAAGGUCAAGCGCGGUACUUCGUUGGCACGGCGCGCGCCUGGCGCUCGAAAGAGGCACCGGAGGAGGAGCGGAAUGAGACUCGAGGAUGCCGGCGACUCUAUGGGAGAGAAGCCAACGCUGACUGAGUGGUGUCAUCGGUAUUGCGCUAGCUCUGCGGGCCUCAAGGUGUUUUGCCUCCAGAGGAAGGUUGUCGGAAUUGACAAGGAUCUGCUCAUAGAGAGACUGCAUGGCCUCGUCAGAAGCACAAACUACCGAGGCAACGUCACCAUAUCCUUCCCGACCGAAGGCGGACGGGUGGAGGUGUACAACGAUUGCAAAGUAAACGAAUGGCGGUUCAAGACUUGGAUCAGGCUCCUGACAUUCUUCACCCUGACAAUUUUGCUUACAUUUCCUUACUUGUUUUUCCGAACCAAGCGCUUCGAGACCGUUGUUGCCGAGUGGCCCUUUUCACGGCCGGCACGGAACGGGUCGACAGACAGGGAGUACGCUAGCCUUACUGAGGACCAGCUGUAUGGGCUGUGGGGAGCAGCUAUCCACGCGGCGGUGAUCAACAGACGACAGUGUGUACUCGACCAGCAGGACUUGGCAAAUUCGCACGCACAGCCUCAAGGUGUUACGACGGGAAUCCAUAGCAUUCUUGCUACUGGCAUCCAAGCCAUGAACGUGGUAGACCAGCAAUUUGGCUGGGGUGCCAAUACCUGA